AUGCAAGGCUUCAACAUGGGCCGCUACGUCCCUCCGGACCUGGAGGGCGUAGUCUCCUUCAACACGGCCUCGGGCAAAGGCCACGCACUAGGCUCUCGCGCGCGCAAGCUCAAGACCGAAGGAAUCCUUACGGUGCGCUUCGAGUGCCCCUUCGCGAUAUGGUGCACGCACUGCCAGCCCGAGCAGCUGAUCGGCCAAGGCGUGCGGUUCAACGCCGAGAAGAAGAAAGUGGGCAAUUACUUCUCGUCGCCCAUCUGGAGUUUCCGGUUCAAACAUGCCGCGUGCGGCGGGUGGCUGGAAGUGAGGACGGACCCGAAGAACGCGGAGUAUGUGGUCGUCGAGGGCGGCAGGAGGAGGGAUACCGGCGUGGAUAAGUUGUUGGAUGGCGAGAUCCGUAUUACAGGUGGUGGUAGUGGUGGUGCUGUGACAGAGGAGGAUAAGGCGCGGCUGGAGCGUGAUGGUGGAUUCGGUACCCUGGAGAAGAAAGUCCACGACAAGACACUGUUCGACUCCCAAAAGCAGAGGCUCGAAUCGCUCCUGAAAGUCAGUGAGCGUGACUGGUCCGACCCUUACGAGCGGAGCAGGAAGCUCCGCGCUGAGUUUCGCGUCGGUAGGCGGAAGAGACAGGCUGAUGAAAAGUCUGGGGAGGCAUUAAAGGACAAGUUUGGGUUAGGGGUGGAGAUGGUGGGAGAAAAUGCAGAGGAUCGCGAGAGGGCCAGGUUUGUCGAGUUUGGCGAGCAUCCCGAGGCGAGUUCGAGGAAGAAGCCCAUGUUUGCUCACACUGGUCUCAAUGGCAACGAUGGACUUCAUCUGGUCCCUUCUUCUUCUACUACUUCCUCCCUCUCGCCCUCCCGGUCUAAGCCCGGUACCGGUACCGCAGCAAAGAAGCCGGAUCACAAGAAGGAGAUUCUACAGACCACGCUACGGAGCAAUACGAGGAUCGCGGCCGAUCCUUUCUUGAAGGAGGAUAUCUGGCAGCCUAGAGUCAAACGGAAAAAGGCGGAUGAAGCGGCGGCGGUGGAGACGGAGCAUAAUAACAAAGACACAGAGACGAGGAAAACGAAAGCGAAAGUGACGGAAAACAGCACGGCGUUGGUGGUGGGCUAUGAUUCGGAUUCGUCGUGA